CUGCCAUGGAGAAAUUCCCCAAGCCUGUCAGCAUCACCAUGCAGCCCUACGACAGGAACGUGGCAGGCUCUGCAGCCACCACCUUUGGCCCCACCACCAACGCCUCUGUUCACCCACGGCCUGCUUCCAGCCCCCGGGACUUCGUGCUCUGGUCCUUCUUCAACACCAUCUUCUGCAACCCCUUCUGCCUGGGCUUCAUUGCGCUCAUCUGCUCCAUUAAGAUGCCCCUUCACUCCCUCCUGCAGCAUCCAGCCCCACCAUGCUCCUCCACACUCAGUUAUCCCUAACAAAGCCACCAUCCAAGGGCCACC